GCCAUUAUCGUAUGCUCGGCCAUGUUCGCAAAGUUACUGGGUUCCCCUACAUUUCCGUAGCGUUAACCCUGUUUUCGUAGAGGCACAGGAAACACUGUUGACGGGGCUGCGACGAUAGCAGUUCGCGACCAGAUACUAAGACACAAUCUCUAGACUGGCGCCUUUUGCAGAUCAUACAAAAUAAUAAAAAAGUCAGGUUUAUCGUUCAAGAUGCAGUGCUAGACUAGCCUAGCAAUUCUGGCUUUCUCCGGGCCUUCACGCACAUGAGCCUCACUUGUGAUCCCCGCGCGCCUCAGGCAGUGCCGCCCGAUCCAGAGCUGGUGCAGCUUAAGCUUGAGCAGCAAGAGCUUUGCUUGGAGCUUAAGCGUUUGUAUGGAGACGCAUUUGUUCAGGGUUCGAUUAGAACAGAAGCUAGUGAAGAAUAUCAUCAAUUAAAUAGACAGAUUACUACGGUAACGAAGAUGCUUGAGCAAGAGCUCAAGAGGGAGUACCAGCAGGACUACUUCUAUUAUAUCUACAAAGAAGAACUUAAGAAGAUCAUUAAGAAGAUCAUAGUCAUGGCACUAACAUAUGUUAAGCCUGUCGUUAAGCACUAG